UUCGGUGGCAGAUUCUACGCUCUGGAGGACACUUGGCAUCCUGACCUGGGGGAGCCCUUUGGCAUCAUGCAUUGUGUGGUGUGCUCCUGCGAACCACAGAAGAAUCGCCGUGGGAAACCGAUGGGCAAAGUGAGCUGCAAGAACGUGAAGCACAACUGCCCCACCCCACCGUGCAGCGAUGCCAUUCUGUUGCCAGGACGCUGUUGCAGAACCUGUCCCAAGGCCACUCCCAGCAUUCUAGAGAAGAGACGCGAGCUGCUGUUUGACAACGUCGAGUAUUUCCAGGAUAAGGCAGGCGACUUGCAUAGGAACUACAACGACCGCGCCUAUCUCAGCUCUGAGGACUUGGUUCGAGAUGACAGCCACAUAGAUUUUGUGGCCUUGUUGAUGGGUGGCUUGGAGCCGUGGGUGCCUGCGACCAGCGCGGUAGCAAAAGCCAGGUUCACACUUGUACGCUCUCACUUGAUGUUCUCCAUCAACUAUGAGAGACUGAGCCAGCCGAGCCGUGUCCGUUUCACGGAGCCUGAUGGGACCAUCCUUUUUGAACACCCCGUGCAAAAGGGCACCUCUCCCCAAGACAACAUGAUCUGUGGCAUGUGGCGGAACCUGCAAAAGCCCUCCAUCCGGCUGUUGAAGUUGGAUCAGCUGCGCAUCGCCCUAGUCACUAGGUCUCACCCUGCCGGCGAGAUCCGAGGCAAGAUCAUCAAACACCGGGCCCUCUUUGCAGAAACUUUCAGUGCCAUCCUGACGUCCGUGGACCCGACCCACCUCGGCAUGGGAGGCAUCGCUAUGCUCACCCUGAGUGACACAGAGAACAACCUGCAUUUUGUCCUGCUGACCAAGGGGCUGCUGGAGUCUGCGGAAAAAAAAUCCUCCUGGCUGCCCCUGAGGGUGCAAAUCCUGCACGAGGACAGGGUCCUGAGGGAAGUGCUGGCCAAUGUCACCUUACAGGCCCCGGACUUUGCCGAGGUGCUGACGGGUCUGGGGAGCCAGGAGAUGCUGUGGCUGGCACAGGGACAGCUGAGGAUGACUGCAGAGGUGGAGGCUGGAUCCCGGCGACAGAUUGCUGGCCGCAUCACGACCAGGAGAAGCUGUGACACCAUACAGAGCGUGCUGUGCGGAGGAGAUGCCCUGACGCCCACCCAGACAGGGGCUGUGGGUUCUGCCAAGUUCAUGCUGCAUGAGAACGGGACUUUAGAGUAUCAGGUCCAGGUGGCAGGAGCAGGAAGCGAGGUGAUUGGCGUCACGUUGGAGACCAAACCCCGCAGACGAAAUAAGCGCAACACUUUAUACGACAUGACGCACAGCUACAGGGAUGGCAUGGCCAGCGGGAUCUGGGGACAAGUGAAUGGGCGCGAUGCCCACAUGUUGCUGCAGAACGAACUCUUCCUAAAUGUGGCUACUGAGGAUUUUGAAGAGGGGGAGCUGCGUGGGCAGAUCAACUCCCUGCUGUACAGCGGACUCCUGGCACGAUACCAAGAGCUUCCUGUCCCCCUGGCCGGCCAGUUCGUGUCCCCCCCUGUGCGCACCGGCUCCGCUGGGCACGCCUGGGUGUCCCUGGACGACCACUGCCACCUGCACUACGAGAUCGUGGUAGGAGGCCUAGGCAGGGCAGACGACGGCACGGUCAGCGCUCACCUGCACGGCUUUGCUGAGCUGGGAGAGCUCCGGGAGAGCAGCCACCGGGAGCACAAGCGGCUGCUGAGGGGCUUCUAUGGCACAGAGGCCCAAGGGGUAGUGAAAGACCUUGACGGAGAGCUGCUUCGCCAUCUGUCCCAGGGCACCGCCUUCCUGCAAGUCAGUACCAAAGCGAACUCUCAAGGAGAGAUGCGGGGCAAGGUGCACAUUCCCAACCACUGCGAGGCAGGUGGCAUCCAACUCGCCCCUGAGGAUCCAACGGACAAGCUUCUGAGGGAUCCAGACCCCCAAGACCCUGAAGAACUGAAGAAGGACCCCAACUCCUGCUUUUUUGAAGGACAGCACCGACCUCAUGGCUCCCGCUGGGCCCCGGACUAUGACAAGAAAUGUUCCAUAUGUAGCUGCCGGAAGCGCACUGUGAUCUGCGACCCUGUCCUGUGCCAGCCCCUCAACUGCUCCCAACUGGUGCACCCGAGGGAUCAGUGCUGUCCUGUGUGUGAAGAGAAAAAAGAAGAAGGACAGAGAGCUGAGAAGGCCCGGGACAGCAGCGAAGGUUGUUACUUCGAUGGCGACAAGACGUGGCGAGGAGCUGGCACCCGUUGGCACCCCGUGGUCCCUCCCUUCGGCCUCAUUAAAUGCGCCAUUUGCACCUGCAAGGGCGCCACGGGGGAAGUUCACUGUGAGAAGGUGCAGUGCCCACACCUGACCUGCAGCAACCCCGUCCGCGUCAACCCGUCAGACUGCUGCAAGCAAUGCCCAGCCUCUGAUAUGAACUCCUCUGCGCUUUCAGACAUGAUGCAGGCAGAUGGUCCGAGGGCCUGCAAAUUUGGGCGACAGUGGUACAUGCACAAUGAGAGCUGGCACCCUACGGUACCUCCCUUCGGGGAGAUGAAGUGCAUCACGUGCUGGUGUCUGUCUGGGGAGACCCACUGCCGGCGCCAAGAAUGCUCUACUGCCUCUUGCUCCAAAGAGGAGAAGGAGAAGGAGGACGGCUGCUGCUCCCAAUGCGAAGAUCUCCUUCCGGAAGAAGCUCAAAAGACGCUCCAAGAGGACACCAAGCAUUCCUGGGCACACUAGCCGGCCAGCUGGAGCCAGGAAGCCCGGAUGCCACGACGGGUGUU